CUAUUAUUUGAUAUAAAAUCAUCUUCUAGAUGGAGGGUUUCGUUUGGCUUCUCAUCGUCCUGGUAGAUAAAGAUCAGAGGGCUCUCUCCGGGUAGAACGAGCGGCUAGGUUAAUUUUGCCUUCUUGCUAUCGCCUACUCUGCAUCUGCCAUAGGAAGAGAUGAAUGUGGAAAAGGUCGAUGAAAAUGGGAAAACAGAGGGAUUAAAGUCCAAUACUUGCCAAGAAUGCGGCGUUAGCUUCAAAAAGCCUGCAUAUUUGAAACAACAUAUGCAAAGUCACUCGUUUGAGAGGCCAUAUGUGUGUUCGGUUAAUGAUUGCCAUAAAAGCUAUCGAAGGAAGGACCACCUAACUCGCCAUCGUCUCCAGCAUGAUGGAAAACUAUUCAAGUGUCCGAUUGAGACUUGCAACCGGGAAUUCGUUUUCCAAGGCAACGUCAAGAGGCAUGUCGAAGAACUUCACAGUAAAAAUUUCUCCUCCGUGAAUGUUGAUCAGAAACAACAUAUGUGCCAGGAACCUGGGUGUGGGAAGGUGUUUAGAUAUCCAUCAAGACUGCGAAAACAUGAAGAUUCUCAUGUUAAGCUUGAAUCAGUUGAGGCAAUCUGUGCAGAACCAGGAUGUAUGCAGCAUUUUUCAAAUAUACAAUGCCUUACGGCCCACAUUCAUUCUUUUCACAGAUACAUUACUUGUGAGAUUUGUGGGACAAAGCAGCUGAAAAAGAACAUCAAGAGACAUCUCCGUACCCAUGAAGCCACUGGUGUUUUAAAGAAGAGAAUUAAAUGUCAUUUCAAAGAUUGUGACCGCACAUUUUCUAAUAAAACCAAUCUUAAUCAGCAUGUGAAGGCUGCGCACCUUGAAAUCAGAACUUUUGCUUGUGGGUUUCCUGGUUGUGACAUGAGAUUCUCAUACAAGCAUGUUAGAGAUAGACAUGAAAAAUCUGGAUGCCAUGUCUAUACUCCUGGUGAUUUCAAUGAGACUGAUGAGCAAUUCAGGUUGAGACCAAGAGGUGGGAUGAAGAGGAAAUGCCCUAAUGUGGAAACAUUGAUACGCAAGAGGGUUAUUCCGCCACGUGAUUUGGAUGAUUACCGCUGUUGGCUUCACCUUGGAGAGUGAGAAUUAAUCUCAUCCUUGGCAGACCCAAAUAUGCAAGGGAUCAAUCUUUGCUCCUGUAUCUAGAAGUUAGCUUGGUAUGUGAAGUGUAUAGUUCCCACAGUAUAACCUUUUGUUGUUGGUCUUUGAAGCUAUUUAGAUUUUAACACACAUAUAUGUUCUUCCAGUACUGAUUUGUUGUUCUGCAAAUAUUUGAUGUAAAACAUGGUAUGAAGCUUUUCAACCUGAAAUGUUGUCCUUCUACAAUUGUUUUCUGCUGAUUGUAGUUCUCGUCAGGUGAAUAUAGCUUGAUACUACAUACAAAAUUGCAUUAGCUAAGAUGCUUCUUGCUAAGGUAGGCACUGUAAAAAUGGAACUUCUGCUUUUA